AUGGCGACGGCAUCGUCGGUCACGAUUCCGCCUGCUCACUGGAGCCGUUUCGACCAAGAGCAAGACCUAGCGGUACGGGAGCUCAUCUGGCAAGUAACCGGCCUGAACGAGCGGAGACCCGAAACGUCCGGCCACUUUCACGCGGCGUUAAAUUUCGCCUGGUCCAACUUCAGGUUUCAUCAAUUUCUUGAUGUCAGUAAGCACAAAGUGGAGAAAAUAAUGGAAGGAAUUUAUGAAAAGCUGGUUGUUCACUCUGACCUUGUUAAAGCUGGAAGUUGGAGGAGACUAACAGAAGAGUUUCUGAAUUUGUCUCUUCCCACCACAGAAGGAACAAAGACAGAUGCACAUUAUGCCAUACUCUCACUUCUAUUGUGCUUGUCUGAUUCUCCUUCCAACACCAGCUUUGCAGAAGAACCAAUAAAAAAACUAGUAGGUAGGUUGAGAGCAUCCAAGAAAUUAUAAGGAAAAUGCUUUAUUCUACCAUUUUGAUUAUAUAUUUUUCAAUGUUGUGUUGUCCUUUUUAAAAAAUAAUUA